AUGGCUCGUUUGGAAGACAGUGAAUCAGGUGCCAUGAAAAAUGGUCGCAAAGCAAUGGGUAAAUUAGAACAACGUGUACGUGAAUUAGAAACAGAAUUGGAAGCAGAACAACGUAGACAUGGUGAAACACAGAAGAAUUUAAGAAAAGUUGAUCGACGAAUGAAAGAGAUCAGUCUACAGGCUGAAGAGGACAAAAAGAGUCAUGAUCGUAUGCAAGAAUUAGUCGAAAAACUUCAAGGUAAAAUUAAAACAUACAAACGACAAGUUGAAGAAGCUGAAGAGAUUGCUGCUAUCAAUUUGGCUAAAUAUCGUAAAAUACAACAUGAAAUUGAAGAUGCUGAAGAGCGUGCUGAUCAGGCUGAACAAGCAUUACAAAAGCUUCGAGCUAAGAAUAGAUCAUCUGUUUCAACGGCUCGUGGUGUAAGUGCUGCACCAGCAGGAGGACCUGGACAUGCAAAUCGUGCUCGUAAACCGACAGCUAGUUUAGCACCAGAAGAAGAGUAA